AGAACGAAAUCACAUAAACUGAGCCCAAAAAAAACCCUAGCACUGUAAACCUACACCACCGCCGCAAGGAGUGGCAUACUGCCGCCAUCGGUCGCCCUCAAAGUUCGCCGUGCUUCCUCGAGCUCGGCGUCCGUCGUCUUUGUCUGCUCAGCCGCGCUUCCGCCGCCGUUUGUUUGCCGUUCACGUUCGCGUCUUCGUUCAGCCGUCGUCUUCGUUCGCGUUCUUCGCCGUUCACGUUCGCUGGGCGUUCACCGUUCGCUUUCCCUCGCCGUUCACUGUUCGAGUUCGCAUUCGCGUUCGUCUGGAAGCCACGUUGCUCUGCUUCAAACUCUGCGACCAACCCGCUUGCUCCACCACCGUCUUCAGACCAAAGCUUCUUCCCUUCUCUUGAUGACAUGGGAGCUAGAGGAGUUGUCGGGGACAAGUGGUCCAUGAGAAUUCUUUGGGCUUGUGCUCUUGGAAGUGCUGCUGGCCUAUAUAUGGUUGCUGUAGAGAGACAGAAGAAGAAUAGGGAGAAGAUCUUAGCCGAAGCUCUGAACAUGGAAUUAGGGGAAAGCAAUGGCAAAGAUGUCUGAACUACAACAUGAUUUUGCCCCCCAAAAAAAUAGAAAAAAAGAAAAUAAAUAAAAAAAAAGAAAAACUGUGUUAUCAUGCAGCUGAGCAGAUGCAGAAUUGCCUGUCUUUUUCUAAAAGUACCUUUUGAUGUAUAAGGUUUUUGCAUUCAUCUUUUGUCUUUUCGUUGGCAAGAUAAUCAAAUAGUUUAUUAAAUUUUAGCUGUGGCAUAUAUAUGUGUUGCCUUCUAGUGUUUGUUGUAAUUUCAUCAAGAAACAAAUCACGGUAUUUUCAUUGAGCUGAAAAAAUAUUUGAAAUAAAAACAUUGAUGUUAAUUCUCCAA